AGAGGAUUGAUUUAAGUGGACAGGAUGACUGUCUGGCUGAUCUCUCUGAUGAGGAUGGAAAUACUACUUCUGGCAGUGCCUUCCCUGAGUUUCCAUGUUGAACCUGAAGAAGGUAGUCUUGCAGGGGGAACGUGGAUCACAGUCAUUUUUGAUGGUUGGGAGUCGGAGCUCCUUUAUCCCACCAAUGGGUCUCAGCUGGAGAUAUACCUGGUGAAUGCGGCUGCGCCUGUCCUGCCGAGCAUCCCUUGUGACGUCUCUCCCGUCUUCUUGGAUUUGCCGGUGGUCAUGUGCAGGACCAGAUCUCUGCUGUCUGAAGCACACGAGGGUCUAUAUUACCUGGAAGUGCACUCUGGGGGACAGGUGGUGGGCAGCCCGAGUCCUGGACCACGAAACAACUGUACAUUCAAGAACAAGACUUCAUCCCCUAAAUUCAUCCCUGUUACGAUCUACAUUUUAUACGGGCAAUUCAUUGACAAAUUUGGAAUUUGCUUCCACUUCAAAGAGCCGGCUGCGGGCGCUGACAACUUUGAACAACUCACAGAAGGAAAACUAAUACAUGUGUAUGGCUGGAUUAUCACUGGAAGAUCAGAAACCUUUGAUUUUGAUGCUGAGUACAUUGAUAGCCCAUUGAUCUUGGAAGCUCAAGGAGACAAAUGGGUCACAGCCUGCUCUCUUGUAAACAGGCAGACAGGAAGCCGUUAUCCUCUUCAGGAAGACCACGGUCUUGGAACUCUGCAGUGCCGUGUGGAAGGCAACUACAUCGGCUCCCAGAAUGUUAGUUUCUCAGUAUUUAACAAAGGAAAGUCCAUGGUACACAAGAAUGCAUGGCUGGUCAGUGCUAAACUGGACCUUUUCCUGUACCAGACAUACUCAG